ACUCGUGAGGAUUUUGUCCCGGCACAUUCAAAUCAGUCAAAUUACUGUCAGUUACUUUCAUUGUUAAACAUAGUUAUCUGUUGCUUCUUGAUCAACGCCUUGUCUUUUGUCCGUUAUUAAACGGGCGCUCAUUACCUGUAAUAAUGCCUAUCCCGGAGUUGUUUAAUAUAUUGCUCCAAGAGUUUGUGAAUUUCAAAGUAUUGCAAUUGCACAAUAACCCUGUUAUUAUUGAUGGAGAGGACUUUAGUGAAUAUUUUUAUGAAUAUUUAAAAUUACCUAUAAAAUAUGGUGGCGAAUAUUUAUCUUAUAUUGUACAUAUUAAGCAGUUUUUGAGUGAAAUCAAACAAUGCAAGAUUUAUCCAUCCUUUCUGUUUGGUUCCGAUUGUGAAAGAGUCGUAAGUUUUUAAUUUAUUGGGAAUAUUUAUUUGAAGUCUGCAUCCCAAGUUUUCAGAGUAUGAACAGAUUCCCGAUUAUGAAGAACUUAAUUUUUUAUUAUCUAAACGCUUCAGGGAUCAUUGGAAAUCUAGCAACGUAAAAUAUCACACUGUAGCACACCAGUUAGUUACAUUUUUUAUGACAGUAAAAAUUUAAACGAAUAUUUCGACUAAUUAUAAAUAGAAAAUGAGUACAUAUAAGACAAAUCGGUAACGUCUCAUUUUCUGUUAUAGGAUGACCAUCACUUCCCAUUUCCACACAUUGUAGAAGAAUAUUAUUUGAGAGAUCUGAAAAGUGGAUUAGUGUUGGUCCUAGAGACCCAGCAUCUUGAAUGCACCACCCAAUGGGCAACUGCUUGAGGCAUCAUACACAGCAUUUUUGUGGGGUUUCGGUAAUGUAAGUAAUCUAUUCACCCUAAGACACUGAGUAUUAAUCCAAAUACCGUCAUCAUACAUUCUCGUGUAAUCCAUAUAAUUCCAUGGGGGUGCCCGAGUAAUUCAUAAACUGGAAUAUAUUGGUACAUGUACAAGUUUUAUAACUACACCAAAGAUCGAGUACGCUGUUACUAUAAUCUAUGAACAUAAAUGCUAUUUCCAUAGUCGAUGCUUACCACAUUACAAAUCGUCCAUCCAAUAUUAGGGUAGGAAAUACUUAUGAUCUCAGCUUAAGUAUUUAACUAAACGUUACGAAUCCGGACAUUUUUAUCAAUACUUAAAUCAUCGCGAAAACAAGUAAUUUCAUGUAUCUCAGCAUAUUUAACUAAGAAAAAAAGAUAUGUAGUACAAUAAACCUAGUGUUUGAUUUCUUUUGUGCUUUUUUGGAAAUCUACGCCACGAAAAUAGAAAUGGUGCUCUGAAUUUCAUCAUCGGACUUCUACUUCACACCAAGUAAUCAUAAUUUAUGCCAACAUCAAGGAAAAUACUAAGUAAGGGGAUAUUGUCACUCUGGAACGGAGGAAUGGAUUUAUUUGGAAUGAAUUGUAUCGUCAACUCCCGCCUCACUUAUAUGUAUUUGCCAAAACAGUUACACUGCUAAGACAUAAAGAGAAUCUUACGUUCAAUUCAACGAGUAUAUUGCGAAAGGUUUGAGGUCAGGCAGAUUAAAAGGUUCUAGCAGUGAUAUUUCAUAAUAUUCCUUUGACACAGGACAUCAAGUUUAUACAUUGAAGUCGUUCAAGGUGACUAAUAAAGAAUCGAACUCCUCAUCUUUUGAAAUCAUCUAAAGCCAUGAUCAGACGUUUGAAAUUGGACUUAAGUGUUCAAAAACAAACGGUGAUAAAUCUUUACCGUGGUAACAUUACACUCACUUUAUUACAUCAUCCCUUGUUUCAACUCUUUCUCACACCUUAACAACACCACUUUCAUUUCUUUGAAUUUCUAGUCUUAUUUUUAGCGGACUGGUCUCGAUCCAUGUUACGUGUUACUGACAUGAAUCUGUGUUCAAUUACUUUACUACGUAAUCAACUGGAAAAUUUGGGUCUGUGACCUUUAGCUAACUUCUUGAUGUUCUGGGACUUUCCCUCUCAUACUACAUCUGUUUUAACCACCUUUACGUUCUUAUUAGGCCAUUUGAAAUCUUCGCUCUACCAUAAUAUACAAUCGCUUCUAAUCGAUUUCGCAUUUAUAAUUAUGUCAAUUUUCCUGAUAAUUUUAACAUAUUAUAGGUCGUAGGUAACUGGAAAGUUAAAUAGAACAAAGUAAAUUCAUGUUGUCCUGUCCGAAUGUUUGUUUUUACCCCGUUCGAGAUAAAGGGAACUAUAGGUGUGGAACUCCGACGUCAUUGGUUGAUUUUUAGUACUUAAUUGUGGUAUUGUGUUAUUUAAUUAUACAUUGUCCGAUUUGAACAAUUCGUGAUUCUUAUUUGCUUUCUAAUGGUCAGUAAUUAAAGCAUGACAUAAAAUCCGUAAGAUGUUUUUUUACCAAAUUCGUAAUACCAUUAUCUAACUUUUAUCAGCGCUGUUAAAAUUAGCUUGUUCGUAUUCACUGUUUUUUUUGGGGGGGAUUUCAGGGCUUACAACUUUCCAGUCAACUUCAAGCAAUGGAAUCAACAAUAAAAUUAUUAUCUUCAAGUAAUACACAAAAGAAAAAUUCAUCGCCUAUACCUUACUAUAUGUUUCUUCAAAGUAUGUUAACAGAUGUUCUCAGUGAUAUGGAAAUAAAAUUUUUAAAGUCUCCUUAUCCUCGUAUACGAAGUUGUGUCUCAUUAGCUACUUAUCUUCACCAUCCAAUCAUUGCUAGUUCUCCUGAAUAUUUUUUAAUCGGUACUCACCAGAUGUCAUCCGAUACAUCUCCUUGUUUUAUCCCACUAUCACUCAUGAAAUUUCAAUGUUUGGAAUCCAAAGGGAGUUGUUAUUGUGAAUCAAUAGAUGCAGAAUCACAAUCCAUCCAAACUCCAUGUCGUUUCUUAACAGUCCAUGAAUUUAUUCCUAAACCAUCUUCAGUUCAUCCAGCCUGUCGACCGUUGAUUGGCUUGUUACUUGGUACAGACUCAAUGCCUCACACAAAACUCCCCAACUACUUGUAUUCGAUCAUAAACAACAUAGAGAAAAAAAGCUACAAAUUUCGACGCUUUAUGACUCUGGUUUCAUGGUUUUCCCAAUUUAGCACUAAUCUACAGACCCCAAUCGAUGAAAUCCUAAAAUGCUACUCUUCCAAAGAAAGAGGUAAGCUCUUAAAAAUGUUCGCAGAAUCACUGGCGGGAUACUUUCCAGACUUAUACUUAGGUCAAAAGUUAUCUGUUUCUCUUCAUCAAGAAAUUUCAGUAUCAACUAGAAAUCAGUUGAAUCCUCCAAUUUUUGUGUAUAGCACACAGGAACCUAAUUCCACAACCGAAAUUGUAUUAUGGCAAAGACGUCUUGGUGAUUUGUUAAAAGGUCAGCUGACCAUUAUCCUAGGAAGUAUGGAUUUUACACAAGGAUGGUCAAAUUAUUUAUUACAAUUAUAUUUUAAACAUAAACUUGCACCAUUCAUUUUAACUCCUAUCUAUUGUCAAGGUGGCGUUGUUAUGCCUUUAUUAAUUGAAAAUUCAAAUAUUGAAUUGUCAGCCUAUGAAAUUUCACUACCUUUAAGAUGGAUGCACUAUCGUUUAUUAUGUGGUAUUGAACAUAACCUAUCACAUAAACAAAAACUAAUCGGUUUAAAUCCUCAUAUUUUGGAAUAUCACCGUGUUGGUGAUACACUAACAACAUAUCAAAUUCAAGUUGAUCCUUUAAUUUUAAGUCGAUAUGAAGAUACAACAGAUAAAAUGCUUUCAAGUAUAGUUGGAUUUUCAUUUUCUAAUUUUAAUGUUGAAAGAAAAUGGAUCGUAAGUUUAGCACUGACCUUAACAUUUUGGUUUCAUGCUAUUACAAAAAAUAAGAGCAAUUUACGCGAUGAUCUACGAAAUUCUCCUAUUGUUCUAGCAACUGUAGCAAUUGCCGUCACCAAUUAUUUCAAUGUUAUAGAAUCAGAUGAAAAAACAGUUGAACAUUAUGGUAUUUUGAUUAAAUUCCUAAAGGAUAAGUUGUCUGAUCGACUAUCAUCAUCGUCUGUUGAUUCGUCUAUUGUUCAUCAUUUUACUUCAAUUCACACUGUAUAUAUCUAUCUACGAUCAUUGACACAUUUAAUUGAUGAAUUGUUACUAUCUGAUCGAAAAUCUAAUUCUUUGAGCUUUCUUCCGUCAUGGAUAUUCUUUCCGUCUGGACACUUAUUUUAUAGUCUUGUGAUUGAUAUAGAAUCACUUAAACCAGAUGAUAGAUUCCGUUUAACUCUACGCUAUUGGCUCCCUCGUCUUUAUCGUAUUCCAAAGUUAAACUCUGAAUCCGCAAUGAAAUUGCAAAAAUUAGCUGAAAUUUAUGAACGUGUAAUAAAUAUUGCAAGUGAGAUGGUAUGUUUACCAGUAUCUGCUCCAAAUAUUGUAUAUACAAAGGUACCAACAACUAUUCCUGUCAUUGAUUUGCUUAAAAAUGAAACACCUUCAAAUGCCCCAAGUUCAGUUAGAACAACAAACACUGAAAGGAGCUUACAAGAUAGAAAUUCAGAAUUCAAGAAAAGAUCACACUCUUCUAUCAAUAUAAAAUCAGAUAUCCCACUGUCUAAAUCUAAACAAUCAUUACCUAGUCGUCAUUACUCAGAAAAAACAUUGGUAACGUCUAAAAAACAAUCUCGAAAAUUACCUUAUCAUUUACGCUCUACUGGUUAUGCUGCUCGUUUACGUGCCAGACUUGAAGAAACAGAAUAAGAUAUCAAUUAUUUUUUUCUUUGUUGUUGGUUACUCUAUUUUAAAUUUGUCAAUUUCCUUCAACUACCGAUUUUAUUAUGCCUUUCAAGUUGAAAAUUAUUCCGGUUGUUUUUCAUUUUCUCAUUAUAUUUUCCAAAAUAUCAGCAUUUUUAUUGGAG